UACACAAAAAUCUCCGGCUUUUUUUGCUAUUUUGUUUUUCAUUUAUUAUAUUUCUAAUAUUAGUAUUAAUUUUAUCACAAAAUAGUUAAUCAAUCAAGGUAGUGUAAUAAAAUAUUAAAAAUCACUUGAUUAAUAAACAGAUAAACCAGUUAAGCAACUGCUAUUAAGGUGUAAACAACAUGGUGCGCAAAGAAUAUACUAAAGGCUUUGAAGGUUAUCAAAAAUCCGUGGAGGAAUUGUACAAAGAUAAAAAUACUCAAUUGUAUAUUUACUUUACUGGAGAAAAAGAUAGUAAUGGUGUUAGCUGGUGUCCCGAUUGCAAUGAUGCUCAACCUUUCGUGGAUGAGGCUGUAGAGAAAUUUGCCACUCCGGAAUCUAUUUUACUUACCGUAGAUGUGGGUGAUAGGCCUUUCUGGAAAGACAUGAAAAAUCCUUUCCGUCAUGAUUCCAAUAUAAAACUUAUGGUCAUUCCUACUUUAGUGCGCUGGAAGAGUGUGGUGCGUUUGGAGGGUGAUCAAUUAACUAAAAUGGAUUUAUUAGAUAUGUUUUUCAAUGAAGAAUAAUUUCGUUUUCUUAAGCAUUUUCAAUGUUUGCCAUUUAAGCUCUAAAGUUGUGUGAAAUUAAUUAUGUCAAAACACGUUUUUUUUACAAAGAAUAAAUAAUAACAUAUUAAAACAA